AUGAGUGAGUUCAUACUUACAGGUAAAGGAGGGAGAAGAAAGAGAUAUGAAGAUAGCGAGUGGGAAGAUGUAAAUGGACCCUCGGGCACCACACUGCAAAUAGAAGGAGAGGAAGAGAAAAAAGGGCAAGGCACACUGCCAAAACUUGAAAGGCAAGAAGAUUCUCUGAAGAUUAAUAAAGACAACGGCUCGGAGUCAAGAGACUUUAAGACACUUCGAGAUAUUUCAAGAAGGGAAUACUUGAAGAAUCGACUGGAGUCAAAACUUGAGCAAUUAUCGGAGGAAAUUUUGGCAUAUGAGCUGUCUUUGAAACAAUUAUCAAAAGAAGAUAAAAAAAGCUACCAAGAAAAGCUCAAAAUAUACAAUGCUAUUAAAGAGCGAAAUGAUGUCAUGGAAGCAGAUUUAUAUACUUAUCAGCCUCCAACAGAUUAUAUGACGGCUGAUGGAAAAUUGGAUAGGAAAAGAAAACUGGAAUUAUUGAUAUCAAAAGCACGAGUAUAUGAAGAUGGGAGGACGAAAAAAAACAAAUAUGAGACUCAGUGGGAAGCAGAGCAAAUGGAAAAGGCGAAGCAACUACAGCUUAGGACUGACGAAAUAAAAUUUGGUGAUCAGAAGCAAUACGAGUUUGUUUUUGAUGAAGAUCAGUUUCUCGAUUUUGACGAAGAUGAGGCGUUAGAAGGAGAUGAAAAUCAUGGACCACCAGGUGUAGUACAGAAAAAUAUGACAAGCGUAAAGCAACUGCUUCCGGUCUUCAGUUAUAGACGAGAGUUUCUAGAUGCUGUAAGAGAUAAUCAGGUACUUAUAGUGGUUGGAGAAACUGGAUCGGGAAAAACAACUCAGUUACCACAAUAUUUAUUUGAAGAAGGCUAUACGAAGGGGAAUAAUUCCACGAGCCUACAAAUAGCAUGUACCCAACCUCGAAGAGUCGCGGCUACUUCCGUGGCAACGAGAGUUGCCGAAGAAAUGAAUGUAAAACUUGGUGAAGAAGUUGGCUACACGAUUAGGUUUGAGGAUAAGUCAAGCGAGAAAACAAUCAUUCGUUACUUGACGGAUGGAAUGUUGCUACGAGAAUUUUUGGCAGAUCCCGAAUUGUUAAAAUAUAGUGCCAUCAUGAUCGAUGAAGCGCAUGAAAGGACUCUUUCAACUGAAAUACUCUUGAGCUUACUUAAAGACAUAAUGAAACUGAGAAAAGAUUUGAAAUUGAUUGUCGCAUCUGCCACUAUAAAUGCAAAGAGCUUCUCUGAAUUCUUCAAUAAUGCCCCUGUUUUUAAUAUCCCGGGAAGACGGUUUCCAGUUGAUAUUCACUAUACUAAAAAUCCAGAAGCGAAUUAUAUUCAAGCUGCAAUAACUACGAUCUUCCAGAUCCAUACCACUCAAGAUAUAAAUGGAGAUAUUUUGGUGUUUCUUACAGGUCAAGACGAAAUUGAGACAAUAGAAGAGAGCUUGAACGAGUCCAUAAGUAUGCUUGGGUCUUCGAUCCAGCCAAUGGAAAUAUGUCCCCUCUACGCCAAUCUUCCUCCAGAGUUACAGUCAGCAGUAUUUAAGCCAACAGCGCCAAACACUCGCAAAGUAGUCUUGGCAACUAACAUUGCUGAGACGUCGAUCACGAUAGAUGGAAUCAAGUUUGUGAUCGAUCCAGGGUACGUUAAGCAAAAUGUUUUCAAUGCUUCAACAGGGAUGGAAAGUUUAGUUGUGGUGCCUUGUUCCAGAGCUUCAGCAAACCAAAGAGCUGGUAGAGCUGGAAGAGUAGGACCCGGAAAAUGCUUUCGGCUCUACACAAAAUGGUCCUUUUAUAAUGAAAUCGAGGCAAAUUCAACGCCAGAAAUAUUGAGGACAAACCUCACUACUACCAUAUUGCUCUUACUUUCUUUGGGUAUAAACGAUUUGGUGAAUUUUGAUUUUAUGGAUCGGCCAAGCCCAAACGCUUUAAUGAGAUCCUUAGAGUUGCUAUACUCUUUAGGAGCCUUGAACUCAAAAGGACAAUUGACUAAGCUUGGCAGAACCAUAGCAGAAUUCCCUAUUGAUGCAAUGUUAGCGAAAUGCCUAAUUUUUGCAGCAAGAUACAAUGUAGUAGAAGAAAUACUUUCGAUUAUUUCGAUGGUAAGUGAGAGCUCAAAUUUAUUUUAUAGACCCAAAGAUAAGAAGGAGCAAGCAGAUAAAAAGAAGGAAUACUUUAACCAACCCGAAGGUGAUCAAUUAACUCUAUUAAAUAUUUGGGAACAAUGGGAAGAGAGCGGAUUCUCGAAACAGUGGUGUGAAGAUAAUUUUAUUCAGUAUAAGACAAUGAAAAGGACAAAAGCUGUGAGAGAACAGUUGAAGCACCAGUGUAAUAGGCAUGGGGUUGAAUCGUUUGAUGGUGAAGAGAAAUUAAAAGAUUACGAGUCUAAGACAGUUGCAAUACAAAAAGUUAUAGUGUCAGGCUACUUUUCUCAUAUCUGUCGCUUAUCGAAAAUGGGCGACAGCUAUAUCAAUUUAAAGAGAAAGCAAACAGUGUAUAUACAUCCAUCUUCAUCGUUGUAUUCAGUCAAGCCUCCGCCUAAACUUGUUCUUUAUCACGAACUAGUUCUUACAAGUAAAGAGUUUAUGAGAAAUUGCAUGAUCGUCGAUGACAAGUGGGUAUCUGAAUUUGGAGCUCAUUACUACAGCAAGAGUGAAUUGGAAAGCAUAUCUUCCAAAAGAGGUGUAAGUAAGCUUAAAGUAUAA